GGGAAGAAACCGUGAUUGCUGUACCACAUGGGAGUCGCAGUGUGAGAAUUACCCUAAAAGGACCAGCACACCUUGUUAUAGAGUCAAAGACACUACAAGGAGACAAGGGAGAGCACAGUUUCGAUGCUCCUGGAACAAUUGUCAUAGAAAAUACAACUGUUGAAUUUCAGAAGAGUACAGACAGGGAAAUCAUAAAGAUCCAGGGACCUCUUGGAGCAGAUUUCAUUAUCAAGACCAGGUACUCUGGAUCAAAAGAGAGUGUGGUUCAGUUCUUUUUCUAUCAGCCCAUCAGUCAUCAGUGGAGACAAACAGAGUUCUUCCCCUGCACAGUGACAUGUGGAGGAGGUUAUCAGCUUAAUUCAGCUGAAUGCGUGGAUAUUCGUCUGAAGCGUGUUGUUCCUGACCACUAUUGCCAUUACUAUCCAGAAAACAAGAAACCAAAGCCCAAGCUAAAGGAAUGCAACAUGGAUCCCUGCCCCUCUAGUGAUGGAUUUAAAGAAAUCAUGCCCUAUGAUCACUUCCAACCACUUCCUCGGUGGGAACAUAACCCUUGGACUGCAUGUUCAGUUUCCUGUGGAGGUGGUAUUCAGAGGAGAAGUUUUGUAUGUGUAGAGGAGACCAUUCACGGAGAGAUACUACAAGUGGAAGAAUGGAAAUGCAUGUAUGCCCCUAAGCCCAAAGUCAUUCAAACCUGCAAUCUGUUUGAUUGUCCUAAAUGGGUGGCAAUGGAAUGGUCUCAAUGCACAGUGACCUGUGGCCGAGGCUUGCGCUACCGAGUAGUGCUGUGUAUUGACCACCGUGGGCAGCAUGUCGGUGGCUGUAAUCCGCAACUUAAACUACACAUAAAAGAAGAGUGCAUCGUGCCAAUACCAUGUUACAAGCCAAAAGAAAAAAAUCCUGUGGAAGCAAAAUUACCAUGGUUUAAACAGGCACAUGAAAUGGAAGAGACCAGAACAGUCUCAGAAGAGCCAAU